AUGAAGGUGCCAAAGCGCAGGGCCAACACCCGACUCAGCUUGCAGGAGUUGGACUUGGCUUAUCUUAUCGACGGCUCCGCCCCAGAAAAAAGUUCAGAGGGACAAUCGACUAUCACUGCCGCCGCAUCACAACCCCCAAUCCCACCUCGAGCAGCCCACUCGACGCCUUCUCACUCCGCACUCGAUAGCCGCAGGCAGGAAUUGUUCGUCAUGGCACCUCUCACCAGGAGGCGCAAGGCAGCGCAGGAAAAUGAGCCGGACGCCGAGCAACUCGUAGCACCCAAGGACCUUUCCCGCGGGAAGCGCAAGUCUUCAGGCGAGGACGAGCUCGAAAUCCCAGAGAGCCCCGACAAGGUCACACCCAAGCGCCAGAAGCUCGCCGUGCGCGUGCGAGAUGACGAGCACCCGUCGACAGACAAGCGCAGACCCAGCACCGACAAGAAGAAGCGCAGCCGGUCGCUCUCGAUAGCCGACACCGAAGACGACGGCGACGACGGCGAGCCCACACCCCACCAGGUCGCGAAGCAGCUAGAGUUGGAGGCCAGCCAGCAACUGGAUCAGGAGUUCAAGGCGGCUGAGGCCUCGCAAAAGCCCUCAUCGGCAGCCACGACGAAAACGGGGAGUCGCAUCGUCUUCGGCGAUGACGACGACGUCGACAAAUACGUCAAGGCUGCAGCAGCAGUGGCGGCAGAAAAUCCGAAGUCCGCCGCCGCCGCCGCCGCCGACGACGACGAACUCGAGGAUGACAGCGACGACGAGGCACCAGAGGCUGUAUCCGCUUCCGCGGCAGCCAAGGAGACACAGCAGGCAGCACAGGCAGUCGCAGACGCGGCAGAACAACAUGCUGCUACACAGAAGAGAAAGCGCCAGCAGCGGGACAACAAGCUCAAGCAGCAAGCACAGAAGCGGAAACGCGCAGAGAAGCCAGGCGGCACUGAAGCUGAGGCGGCAGAGGCUGAGAGGGCAACCACUUCUGGUCGUAGGAGAGCCGAGAAGUUCAACCUGCCUAGCGUUCUGCCGGCAGAGUUCCUGACAGAUUCCGAGAGUGGGAGUGAGGAUGAACGAGCCUUGAGGGUAGCCAAGAAGCCCAAGAAGAUCAACUUUGAGGAUGCGGUGCAGACACUGAAGGUGGAGGGACGGGGGCCUCGGGAUGAGAUCGUUGGCACGACGGCUUACAGAGUCAUGGCAGAUCAGGAUGAUCAGAAGCUACCGCCCAGAGCCAACCACAACUCCAAAGCCGUGAAAGAGAUGCUCAUGCAGCGGAGGCGAGUCGGCGUUCCUGCCACCAAGGUCAAGGGAUUCUUCAAACGGAAAUAG